CCUUCCCAGAAGAGUCUCUACAAAGAUGUGAUGCUGGAGACCUACAGGAGCCUGGUUGUUGUAGGCUACAACUGGGAAGACGACGUGAUUGAAUACCGCUGCCCGCGUCCCAGGAGACACGCGAGGCGCCUCGAGAGAGCACGCGGCCCCGGAGAGGAACAUCCCUGGCUCGGGGGAGCCCGGAGCCACCAACGGACUCGAACCCGGACACGCCGGACACGCCGAGGGGAGAAGCCCUACCAGUGCAAGGAGUGUGAAAAGGCCUACGCGUGCCCCAGCAGCCUCCGGAGGCACGAGAAGACCCACGCCGGAGAGAAGCCCUACGAGUGUCCCCAGUGCGGGAAGACCUUCCUGUACCACAGCAUCCUCCAGAUGCACCAGAAGACACACUCGGGGGAGAGGCCGUACGCGUGCGGCGAGUGUGGCAGGGCCUUCGCCUUCCGCAGCCACCUCCGGAGUCACCGCAGGACCCACGACGGGGACAGGCCCUACCCGUGCGACCAGUGCGCAAAACUGUUCACCUGCAACAGCAGCCUCCAGAGGCACAAGAGGACGCACACGGGGGAGAGGCCCCACGGGUGUGACCUCUGCGGCAAGGCCUUCGUGUACCAACGCCACCUCCUGAUCCACCGGCGGACGCACACCGGGGAGAGGCCCUACCGGUGCGGGGACUGUGGGAGAGCCUUCGCCUGCCACAGCAGCUUCCGGAGGCACAAGAGGACGCACACCGGGGAGAGGCCCUACGGGUGUGAACACUGCGGCAAGGCCUUCGCCCGGCUGGGCAGCCUCCGGGUCCACAGGAGGACCCACACCGGGGAGAGGCCCUACCGGUGUGACCUCUGCGAGAAGGCCUUCGCCCGGCAGGGCAGCCUCCUCCUGCACGGCAGGACGCACUCGGGAGAGAGACCCUACCGGUGUGACCGGUGCGGUAAAGCCUUCCCGGGCCACGGGAGCCUCCUGUGUCACCAAAGGAUCCACGCCGGGGAAAGGCCCGGUGGAUGUAACUCGUGGGAUAAGGACCCCGGGACCCAGUCGUCAGACACAUAAGAGAAGACACGGUAGAGACCCCGUGAAUGUAACCAGUAUGGUAAGGCCCUUGGGCGUCCCGGCGACCCACCGAGCCAAGGUCGAGGGAGGAAACCACGCCGGAGGGGAGAAACCCUGUGAAUGUAACCAGUAUGGUAAGGCCCUCGGGCGUCCCGGCGACCCACCGAGCCGAGGGAGGAAACCACGCCGGAGGGGAGAGACCCUGUGAAUGUAACCAGUAUGGUAAGGCCCUCGCGCGUCCCGGCGACCCACCGAAACCACGCCGGAGGGGAAGAGACCCUGCGAAUGUAACCAGUAUGUCUUCAAGAUGGCGGAACCACAGUCUUCUCGUCUUCAUCCAAUCUGGUAGAGGCGCCGUCCCGGCCCCAGGGUUGACGCACCAACCGUUGGGUUGGGAUGCUUUCUAGGACGCCCCCCCCGUCCCAAGCAGAGGGAUCAGGGCCACGGCUGGGACCGUGACCCCCAACCGGCCCCUGUGUAGGGAAGCCGGGCGCUCAGGGAAACGCUUUGGCUAGGCAGACGGAGCGUCGUCAUCAGCUAAAGAGUGCGAGCAGAGUGCACCCAAGGGUCUCGCCACUCUUGGAACAUCCGGAGCUGGGCUCAGCCGGACCCUCCGGCGGGGUCUGCUGGUGUGAGGUCGCAGCCGUGUCGCAGAGCAGAUGUUGGCAAUCAACAACGCAACGCCGUCGCAUAAGCAGUCAAACGAUCGUCUCGCGAGACAGCUCGGCCUGCUGUGGCCUUGAGUGUGUGUAUGUUCCUUGAGGUCACACGGUCGGUCCUCCCUAAGUGUCCACUGGUUAUGCUUUUGGCGCUGCCACUCGACUUCUCCGGGACAUAGAGAGAGAGAGAGAGAUGCCGGAUGAUGUAAUAGCAAUGAUAUUUAUUAAAAAA